ACCGACAUGAUGAGCCAAAUUGUGGAAUGGUUCAUGCACCUUUCUCUCUUUCCCUCCCCCCAGCAAGGGACUUUCCGAUUCCACGAGAAGAAACCUUAAUAUUAAACACCGCCAAGAUCAAAUCCAAUUUCGUGAGCGACAUUCUUUGUUUCAUUCAUUACAUCAAUAUCCUCAACUCGACCAGCCAUUUUCAAGUUUCAUCAUCAAUCCUUAAAAAGUCUCAAUCACUCUCAUCAUGAAAUUCUUCUUCGACUGAAGGCAAUGAAAGCUCCGGCGGACCGCUUGUUCUUCAUCUCCUCCACCGCCUGCAAGCAAGCUGAGAUCUUCUUCGCAUCCUUCCAUCGGGUCAGUCAGUUUCUGCUGAUAUUGCCUUUCCGGGCUACCCUUUUCUUCUGGAUUCUUGAAUUUGGGCUGAAAUUUCUUGACUUCGGUUCAAGAAUCUAUGUGGGUCUUUCCUGUUCUGCGCUCAGGAAUGUGAAAGGGAACGUCUUUUCGUUUGGGACGGCCAAUGUGGUUUCGUUCCUUUCUGCUUAGUUCUGCAUACCUUAUUUGCCUCUGCUGCCAAAUUUGCUUCUUCUUCUUCUUCUUUUUCUUCAGUUAGUCAUUCAUCAUUCCUUCCAUUGAACGAAAGAAGUUAGUAUGUUCUUCAGACCAUCUCAUGAUUAUAUCGUAUUAUUAUGUGUAUAUGCUCUUAUAGGAUUUAGAGUGUGGCUUCAAUGUUUAGCAAGAACAAUUAGGAAUGAGCACAUCUAUCAGUUUCUUGGUGGAGAUGUUUAUGCCAUGUGUGUGUGUGAAAUUGGAAAUGUCUAGUUAUUAGACUUUCUUAUUGGCCAUUCUGUAUGUAUGUGAAUUCAUUUCAUUUCGUUUCUUAUUAGGAAUUAAUGCUAUUUGGCUCGUUACAUAAAAGAGAUGCAUAUAUAAUCGGACAUUGAGAUUAACAUAAUCAUGUGUAGUUGUGAUUGGAAAAUCAGGUUUUAGUCGUAUGAUGAUUCAAAUUGGAAUGUUGGAAAUAUCCAAAGUUUGACACUGAAAUUUUGUGGAUCAGAUAAUGGUGAAGUGAAUCCUUGCAAUGGAAGACUGUAUUGACCUGAAUACAUGCAUAUAGCCUAGAAUAAAGAAUUUCACUUGUGAAGUGGGUAGUAAUCGGAUGGGACAUGGUCCAAAUUGUCUUUGGAGGAUUGUUCUACAGCAUAUUAUUGGCAAUGGCCAUAUAGAUAUUUUCUUGUUUUUGGGGUUAAUUAUUGGCAUAUGUUCGUUGUUUAUGGACAUGUCCAUAUGGACCUGAUAUGUUUCUGCAAGUCAUGCUAGACGUUACUUGUUCAAGGUCCCAAAGAUCUUAAAGGGAGUGAGGAAAGCAUGUCCUACAAAGCAAUUUGGCGGUUUCAACUUUAGUUAUUUGUUUUUUCUCAAUCUUUGAAUCGAUAUUGCACUUUCAAUUUUCAACGCCGGUUCCUACAGGGUAGGAUAUUGUCUUUUAUAUGGGAAGUGGAACCAUCUACAGUUUCAGAAGCCGAUUGCAAAAUGUGUCAGAAGAUCUAUAUUUAUUUUUUUCAGAAAGGUGUUUUAGAGAACAUAUGCAAUGCAUAUGAAUACACAUGUCAAACUGCUGAUAACCUCUGAUUUUAAUGUUAAAAGUCCGACCUCAUAUUAUCUCUGUGAUGCUAAAGUCCCACACCUACGUAAUUCAUCAUUCAGCAUUUUUUAUCUCUUUGAGAAUAAACUCUUAAGAAGAUGCAUCAUAUGCAGGAUGAGCCUAUAAAUUGUAACUGAAACCAGGAAAAUGCUUCCAGAGACAAUCACUUCAAUGUUUUUUUCCUGACAAUAUGGUGAUUUACCUUAUAAGCACAAAAGGAGCAAUUGAUCAGUAGGUUCUCUCUAAUGGAGUUAAAAGCGGCAUACAAUCUUGAACACAUGAAUUCAACAUCAGGGACUAUUCAGCAUGACCUGUGGCCGCUUGAUGAAAUCAACCCUAAGAAGGCGAAGUUCCCAUGCUGCUUGGUGUGGACCCCACUCCCAGUGGUCUCAUGGUUGGCCCCUUUUAUUGGCCAUGUUGGGAUAUGCCGAGAGGAUGGGGUUAUCUUGGAUUUCUCGGGUUCAAAUUUCGUGAAUAUUGACGACUUUGCAUUUGGUUCUGUAGCACGGUACCUUCAGCUUGACAGGAAGCAGUGCUGCUUUCCUCCGAACCUAGCAGCCCAUGUUUGCAAUCAAGGGUACAAGCACUCUGAGUUUGGGACUUCCCUCACUUGGGACGAUGCCCUGAGGUCAACCAUGCGCAAUUUCCAGCACAAGAGCUACAACCUCUUCACAUGCAACUGCCACUCAUUCGUCGCUGCCUGCCUCAAUCACCUCUGCUACAGUGGGUCGAUGGAUUGGAACAUGGUGAACGUGGCAGCCCUGGUCCUUUUCCGCGGUCAGUGGGUAGGCCCUACCUCCGUUUUAAGGUCAUUCCUUCCUUUUGUCGCGGUUCUCUGCUCGGGGGUUUUACUUGUUGGCUGGCCCUUCAUGAUUGGGCUAAUGUUGUUCAGCUCGCUCCUAAUGGGUUGGUUCUUGCUGAGCAAUUACUUUGUCAAAUCUCUUCUAGACUGCUGAGAACCUGAAAAAUCCGUUCCCAAGUAUUAAUUUGAUGCUGCUAACAAAGAUGUGCUUUAAUGAGUCUAUCUUAUGCUUCCGGAAUAGAAUGUUAUUCCAGCGUGA